AUGUCUUCUAAACCGAGCAAUUCUAGUCGCGAGAGAGAUUUCUUAGAACUUCAUGAACAAGUGCAGACGAGCGUCAAACUUCUCGAUUCCUUGGAAACUUUCCUCUCCACAUUUCAAAAGGAUCUCUCAGCGGUAUCAGGGCAAAUAUCAGAACUUCAAGAUAGAAGUAAAGACAUUGAUAACAGGCUCAAGAGUCGUCGCAAAAUCGAGAAGCCGCUAUCUAGCUUGAUAGCUGACAUUGCGAUACCGCCGUCAAUAGCGACUGUUAUCUUAGACACAGACGUCGGGGAACCUUGGAUUGAUAUCAUCGACGACUUGGAGCGAAGGCUAGAUACAUGUAAAGCGCGAGCACGAGUGAAGGCGGCGAGAGACGUGGGCGAAGUUGCGGAGGGUCUGCGGAUAGUCGCAGCAUCCAAGACGCGCGCUUUCUUCCUUGCCCUCUUUCAGCCUAUACACAGGAGCGUUACGACAAACAUGCAAGUCAUUCAGACAUCUAUAAUACUGAAAUAUCGGCCACUUUUUGCGUUUCUACAACGGCAGGCUCCAGAUGUCGCACAUGAAGUGCAAAGGUCUUAUGUUCGCGCAGCCCGGGUUUAUUAUGAGACUGGCUUUCGUCGUUAUGUGCGGAGUCUGGGAUGGGUUAAGGCUCGCUCGGCGCAGAAAUUCGAGCCAAUAACAUCAUCUGAGCAGAAAACCACAUCCAUCGAUCUUGAGCGGCUUGCUUACAGUAAGAUAGAUGGUCCCAGUGUCACCUUAGCGUAUAUGGCGGAUGAUAAAUCAUACACUGAGCCGAUUGAAGCGCUAUUACGGUCCUUACUUCUGGUUUUCAUGGAUAAUGCAACGGCGGAAUACACCUUCGUGAAGACGUUUUUCCUUCUGCAGACACCUCUUCCACCUCUAGACUCAGAAAGCGUCCUGUCACCUGCGUUUUCUCCUCCCGAUAAUAACUCUUAUGCUGGCUCCGAAUUUGGUGGUCUUCGAACGCCGGUGCCCCCUUCAAUAUCAGCUCAACUAGCCUCUUUAAAGGAAGAGCAAGCUGUUACGGAUGCUAUCUGGAAACAGGUAUUUGACCCCGUACUUGAAUAUGUGCAGAACUUUGUCCGUUCAAUACUGGAACCAAUCCCUUCUAUCAUUCCACUGCUCACUGUGAUCCGUCUCAUCGAAGACGUUGCCGCAGAAAUUGAAAAUCGCGCUUGUCCUGCUGCUGUGACGUUCAUGUUCGGCAUUCGCAUGGAUCUAUGGCUGGUUUUUCAGAAGAUGAUGUCUGAAAAUAUCGAUGGUGUUAAGAAACUUGCGGAGGGUGGUGGCUCGAGUUAUUUCAGUCGUACUGCUGCUUUGACAGAAUCCACCGUCAUAAACCUAUGUAAUCAUUACAUUGUCAUUUUCAACUCUUUUGUGGCCUUGACAGAGCAGUCAGACGAAACCAUGAUUUUCUCAAAUCUUCUACGUUUAAGACAAGAGCUUGCCAAAACAAUCCAACGCUACGUUAACCAAAUCAGCGACACAAUAUCUAAAGCUAUUGCGCAGUCAUCCACGUAUGAGAGGUUAUUACAAGGACUAAGCAAAGGCAAUCUUUUCGCAGCGCAUCCUAAAUCUCAGUUAGAGCUAGCGUAUUGGUCCAAUCUAGAAGAGGAAGCACGACGUAAGAUAAUAUCAGCAAAACAAACUAAACAGCGACGGUAG